AUGUAUCGUUCCUGCACGAAUAAUUUGUGUUUGAAACGCGCUGCGCCCUUAUAUGACACAAACAUUAGAUUAUGGCAGAUCGUGCUCGAGGUAGAUUUCAUUCUAUGUACUUCAAAUUUCGUGUCCAAAGGACAUUCACUAAAGAAGGCAGACACCGAGUGCCUUGCGAAGGAGACUUAUCUUAAAGAGGACCAAAUAAAAGUCAUACUUCAGUCAUUCUCAGCAUUGGAUGAAAAUGGUGACGGCAAGAUAUCUAAACAAGAAAUUGCGAGAGCGUACAAACUUGCAGGCUUCAAACCAACACAAACAGAUCUGGAUGAAAUAGUCGUGGAACAUGAUGAAAAUGAUGAUGGCUACAUAGAUUUCGCCGAGUUUUUCAAAGCUAUGCGGGUAAAAAUGAUAACUAACGACUUUGAAGAAGAACGGUUGAAAACAGCCUUUCGUGUCCUGGAUACAAACCAAGAUGGUUUCAUCUCACGGGACGAGUUAAGGCACGCAAUUUCCACCAGCGGAGACCCUCUGACGGAAAAAGAAAUAGACAGCCUUAUAAAAAGAGCGGACAAAAAUCACGACGGCAAAAUAGAUUUUAAUGAGUAUGUCGAAGCCGGUCUUGACAAGUGCAUAUUCUGAGUGAAAGCUUUUAUAGAAUAGUGGACAGCAUAAUUAUAGUGUCAACAUGUCCCUGUCAACAUCAAGAAUUUGUUAUAUCAUGGAGCCAGAACAAAGACAGCGAAAUUCGUAAUGACAUAUAAUUAAUUACCGUAGAAAAUGAGGAUUACACUUUCCGUGACAAUCUAGAAACAUUUGCAUAUUAACGACACUGGUAUAAAAGUUGUUCCAACAGGGCGUGGCUCAUGUGUCGGGUAUUGUGUUAUUUAUAAAUUUCAAUUAAUGAUAUAAAUUUAACAGUGAAAAUAGACCGAGAAGUGUGCUCACUUAGUUUUUGCAAAUAUAGACGAGAUGAAACACUUUUCAAAGAUGGUUUUUACAGUAAUAACAUGGCGUUUUUAGCAGAAAGUGUUAGAAAGUGAAAUGACUGAAUAAAUGACAGGAGCAUUAAUGCAAUGCUUAUCAUAGGCAAAAAAGUCCAUUACAUCGUGAGUGGAUAGAUCAGCUAUGCUAUCGCAACCUUCAAAAUGGACUUGGUUAUCUAAAAAAGGUUUUAUUGUAUUUGUUAUUAUUUGUAAUUAUUUUUUAAGUUUAUUGUUGUAUUCAUUAGUAAAUUUGUAACUGAAUUCAUUAAAAAUUGUAUCACCUAGUUCAUUUCAAAUUUGUAUUUAUGUUACUGUAUUCAUUAUUAACUUUAUGACAGUAGUCUUUAAUUAUUCUAUUCCUGUAUUUGUUACCAUGGAAUUAGAUUCAUUAUCCACUUUGUAACUACAGUCAUUAAUAAUUCUGUUACUGUUGUCAAUAAUAAUAAAUUCAUUACUGUACAUCAUAACAUGUAUGUAUUAAUGAUUGCGUUACUGUAUUCACUAUCAACUUUGUUGCUUUAUUCAUUAUAAACGUGAAUAUAUUCGUUAUUAAAAUUUUGUUACUGAGUGUAUUUAUUAAUAAC